AUGGUAGAAAUAACGCUAGAAAAUCUAGAAAUAAGGUUUGAUUUUGUUUGUCGGUUCUGCCUUUCGGACGCUGAUUGUUUCCCUGUGUUUCUUCCGGAUGGAAAUAUCAACAAUCAACUGCAAAAAGCCUUCGAAAUCAUUGCAUCGAAAGUGGACGAGAACGAUGGACUGCCCAACAACAUCUGUGGUGGGUGCUUGCAGAGUAUAGAAGAUUUUGUCGAGUUCGAAGCAAAUUGCAGCAAGUCAUAUGAAAUUCUGAUGAAAAUUAUUCAUGACGCAUCGAAAAUUGUAUCUGGCAACACAGCGUGUUUGGAUUUUGGGUCGGAAAAUCAGAUCAAGAGUGAACACGACGAUGAAAUUGUGCUAGAAGACAUUGAAUCAUCGCAGUACAUCUAUAAUGAUGGUGGAGAAAUUCCGGGAUCGCUAGCCCCAGAAGAUGAUUCUGCUGUUGCUCUGGAGGUUGAUUACGAGGAGCUGCUCGAUAAAGAUGGCGAUAAGUAUGAAAAUUCAACUACUCCUACAGGUGAAAGCACUGCCAUACAGGUGGAAAAUGUUGCUGAUAAAUCAGAAAAUGAAGAAUCCCACACCGACUUUAUGGAUUUGCCAGAUGGAUUACCAUCGAAUGAUAUGUACAUUAAAGCCUGCAACGCCCCAGUGAUGGAUUAUUGGUACCGUAAAAAUCGAAAGAUACCGAUUGUCCAGUGCAUGUUCUGUGAUAAAACAUACCGUGGUCGUAAUACGCUGCGAAAGCAUCUGAAGAUACAUUUCCAUAUCAAGAAUUAUUCCUGCCCGUCUUGCGAACGGACCUUCUCCGAUCGAACUUCACUGCGCAUUCACGAGUCGCGCCAUUCGAACACAAAAUCAUUCAAAUGUGAUCAUUGCGACCGGUGCUACUACAGCAAAGCGGAACUGAAACAACAUUGUAUCGUAAAGCACGGAACCCGGAAGCAUAUAUGUGAGGUUUGUAACAAACCAUUUCCCUCCCGGACAAUUCUGCAAGACCACGCACAAGUUCAUGCAUCGGAACGGCCAUUUGUUUGCAGCACGUGUGGUAAAAGUUUUAAACGGAGCCGUAACCUUGUUCGACAUUACCAGAACCACGAGAAGAGCAAAAACAACACGGCGGAGAAAGAACCGACAGAUGCUGGAAACAUAGUUACCACCUGCCAGUACUGUAACGAUGAAUUUGGAAAACCAUCCGCACUGCUAGAACAUCUCAUACAGAAACACCCGGAUGAGUAUGAACAGAGUCGGGAAGAGUCACGUAGUUGUUCGAUUUGUGGGACCACAUUUAACGAUAUGGAAAAAUUCCUACUGCAUCAGGAUAAACAUGUCUUAUUGAUAGUCACUGCGGGAGGCUACCAAUGCGGGAAAUGCGGCAAACAGUUGCGGUAUCGAUCGUUGGCAGAAAAGCAUCUUCAAUCGCACAGUACGGAACGUAGCUUUCAGUGUGAUAUAGCUGAUUGUUUGAAAAGGUACAAGCUUAAGGUACAUUUAACACGCCACAAGCGGUUAGCACACUGA